AUGGAUUCUGAAAGACAUUCUUUGAUUGUUAAAAUUACUGCUGAAGUGGAAGAGAUUGGAAAAGUUCUCGAAGGUAAAAUAUUUUAACUCUUGUGAUUGUAAUAACAUCUACUGUAUCAUCUAUGCCUGUUAAUGAAUUUUAUGAUAAAUUGUGCUAUUAAUAUGACGACAUGGUUAAUUUUAUAGUGUAUUUUUAGUAGUUCUAUUUGUCAAAGAUAAUUACAUUUUCAAAGCAAGAAAAUGUUUUAAAUUUAGAGCCAUUGCGGCGAUUGCCGUUGGGCAACACAAUCUGAUUCGCGCAGAGUUGGCUCGAUUUUACAUCUAUUAUUUUAUAUUUUACAUCUUAUAUUUACAACUAAUGAGCUAUGCUUGAGAUAUUUUAAUUUAAGAAGUCGUAGGUCGUCAUAAUACAAGAACUAAAUAUUAGAUAAAUAUGAGUUACAAACUGUAUUAAAAUAGUCUUCGAACAUGCUUUUAUGUGCUUUGACUUGGCGGCCAUGCGGUCAAGGGGAUGCGCGCAAAGCAUCCUGGUUGAUAAUGACUCUUGCAAUUCAAUUGACAAUUUGCAUGUUAGACUAUAAUUUUUGAUCUGGGCAAAAAAAGUAAAUUCCCGAAAAGAACUUACUAAAAUUGAAAAUAUACAGAAAAUAUACUGGGCUGAGUGGUUAUAUUACUACCUUAAUAUAUAAGCAGGAACUCGACGUUUCGAGCGAAGGCCCUUUGUCAAGAGUUAGUAGCCAAAGGCCUUCGCUCGAAACGUUGAGUUUCUGCUUAUUUCUUAAGGUAGUAAUAUAACCAUUUUUAAUUUAUAAGCAUUUUUACAUUGGUACUACCUACACUGGUACAGACAGUUUUAGUAUACUGUAUAUAUUACAGAAAAUAUAGCCUUGCCAAGUUUGCACAUUUUGUAUGUGUUUGUAUUUAUAUUUGUAUAAUAUGUUUGUAUUAGGAUAGCCCGCUUAGCGAGGUAACCUGGUUAGCGAGAUCUCACUGUGAACAGUAUAAUUUAUACUUAAAAUUCCAUGGUCAUGUGGGCUGGCCUGCUUACCAAGAUCAAAACAACUAUAAUUAGAACAAAAUUGUUCCAGCAAAUGGGAUGAGUUUUCACUGCUAACUGGGCAACCUCGCUAAGUGAGCCAGCCUGGCGCUUCAUUUAAACAGGGCCCCAAAGAUUACUACAUUAUCUUAGUUGCUUGCAACUUAGUCUGUAAACUGUAUUUAUAGAAAAUGGAAUUACAGAUGACAAAGACAUUCAAGCACUUUGCUACGAAGCUUUAAGUGAUAUUUAUCCUGGACGGGGACUUAAAAUUGUACAGCGCUCUAAGGCUUGGAAAAUUAUACAGGCCUCCUUGAAG